GUAAGAGUAGUGUUGCAAUGCGAUCAAAUGCAUUCCGAUUGCGGAUCGUGCGAAUAACGGGGUGUUUUAAUGCGAGGCCGAGAGUUUCCAUCACUUUUCCAGCAUGAGGAUUCACUGCAAAAUCGUAUCGAUCGCGGUGUGUCUCGGAGUUUUCCUACUCUUGUACUUUUUCGGGGGGAACAGCGCGGACGAUCCGCCGCCGAUCAGAGCUGUUUAUGGGGAUCCACUUUAUCCUUUUUUAUCUGGAGUCUGGAAAACUGUUCCAUCCAAACAGGAGGCUGCGAAACAGAUCAGUGCACAUGGAAAAGACCCGCAGAGAGGAGGCAAUGCCAGCGCCAAGACUAGGCUGAAGAGUGAGCAUGGGCAGUCUAGGUUAAGGGUUGUUCAAGCAGAGGAGGUAAUGCACCUUGCUGUGGUCGCGUGUGGAAACCGGCUGGAGGAAACCCUCACCAUGGUGAAGUCAGCCCUCCUCUUCAGCAUCAAGAAGAUCAAGUUUCAUAUCUUCACCGAGGAGGAGCUGUCUGCGCAGUUUGAAAAAGAGCUGAGCCAGUGGCCAUGGUCCCUUGCCUCCAAGCUGCAGUACAAUCUCUACCCAAUCACCUUCUCAGUGGGAAAUGCUGAGGAAUGGAGGAAGCUCUUUAAGCCAUGUGCAGCCCAAAGGCUUUUUCUCCCUGUCAUCUUAAAAGACCUGGACUCGUUGCUGUAUGUGGACACAGACGUCCUCUUUCUCCGGCCUAUGGACGACAUUUGGGAGUUCCUGAAGGCGUUCAACGAUACUCAGCUAGCAGCCAUGGCCCCUGAACACGAGAUUCCCAAAAUCGGCUGGUACAGUCGUUUUGCGAGGCACCCUUUCUACGGUGUUACUGGUGUCAACUCGGGGGUCAUGCUGAUGAACCUUACACGCAUUCGCAGCACUCUGUUUAGGAACAGCAUGAUCGCCAGCGGCCUGUCAUGGGAGGACCUGCUACACCCCCUCUACCAGAAAUACAAGAACCACAUCACAUGGGGGGACCAGGACCUUCUCAACAUCAUUUUUCACUACAAUCCAGAAUGCCUGUACACCUUUCCCUGUCAGUGGAACUACAGACCAGAUCACUGCAUGUAUGGCAGUAACUGUAAAGGGGCUGAAGAGGAGGGUGUGUCUAUUCUUCAUGGCAACCGUGGUGUUUUCCAUGAUGACAAGCAGCCAUCUUUUAAAGUCAUGUAUGAUUCUAUACGCAAUUAUCCUGUGGGGGAAAACAUGGUCCAAUCUUUGUUUUACACCAUCCAGACCAAAUUCUUGGACACGGUCAAUACGCUGUGUGGACGAAUUCCUCAGGUGUUUCUCAAGCAGAUCGAGAAAACCAUGAAGGCUGUGUACGAGAAAAAAGUCAUUCGUCACGCACGGAUUGCACACAGGCAGCGCCGCUGAACUCCGCCGAGAGCAGUUUCUAAAUGACAAGGAGAAGUGCUGAUUCUCUACGACCAGUGUUGUUUUUAAUGGAACAUGUGCAAUACCAAGAAGUCAUUGUUUGCAAUCCAGAAGUCCGUCCUCUGACUGGAAAUAAUGAAGAGCUUUUUGGAUAGACUGAACUUUUAGCAGUGGUUUUUAUGGAACGAAUGGCAGCUUGACUUGAAGUUAGUUUCCCAAAAAACUAAACCUUAUGACUCUGAGUCAGAGGUUAAAUAUCACUCCAUGCGAGUUAUUCCAAGCCAUCGCGGGACUUAUCCUUUGGUGAAAGUUGCAUGGAUUUGGAAGAAUGUAUGUCGGGGAUAUAAUUUAAAAGAGAAUGUUUUAGUGUUAAGGAAUCAGAAUGCACACGCUACAUUUUGCCAGAAUAUGUUGCAAAAGACAUUGCGUCUGCCAGGAAUGUGCUUAGCAGCUAAGACACUUGACUGUGGACCAGAAAACGUGUCGGACGAGGCUAAAGAGAGCUGGUGGAGCACUUGUUUGUACUGCACUGUAUUUAAUCAGAUCUGAAGUAUUCAUUUUUUUUAAAUAAACAAAUGCUUUUUUUAA